UUGAAGCUCUUGUAUUCUAGAUUCUAGUCCUGUGUUAUUAUUACUUUACUACUUUAUUUAAUACUUAGCUCUUACUAACAGAUCUAGAGUCUAGGUCUAGACCUAUUCUAGAUCUAGAUAUUACUUACUACUUAGCGAUUGACUCAUGAUUGAGUAGCGUUCUGUGGUUUCCAAAUCAAUCAAAGUUUUAACAUGGCAAGUCGCCCAGGAAGUGCAACUUCCCGUACUGCUUGGGAUGGAGGCUUAGGAGAUGGCAUUCGGGAUGAUCCUGAUGAGGUCUACAUGGUUGGACAGAGUCAAAGUGCUAAGUCUUCAACAAGUCAAAUGAUGCAUUCGGCCACUGAUUUGAAAAGUUCACCUGGUGGUGGAGUGUUUCAAUCAUUCUUGAAGGGUGUACGAUCUUUAUGGGCCACAAGACAAACUGAAGAAACAAACACAAACCGCGAGCUCUACGUGACAACUACACUCAGAGAGCUGAUAGUGUACAUUGUAUUCUUGGUUGUGCUUUGUGUCAUUACAUUUGGCAUGACUUCCACAACAAUGUACUACUACACAAAUGUCAUGAAUAAUCUGUUCUUGGGAUCUUCAUUGUCAGACCAAGAUCCAACAACCUUUAAGGACAUAACAAGUGUUGAGAACUUUUGGGAUUACUUAAAAAGUCCACUGUUGGAUGGAUUGUACACAGAAACCUACUACAACAACCAGUCCAUUCCUGAAGGAGAGAUGGGAUACAUUUACUAUGAAAAUAAGUUGUUAGGUGUGCCGCGAAUCAGACAAAUAAGAGUUCACAAUCAUUCCUGUCAGGUCCAUGAAGACUUCAAGAGCUUUAUAAGCGAGUGUUAUGACUCGUAUGCUGAAAGCAUUGAAGAUAAAGAACCAUUUGGGAAGUACCUAGAGGAACCUAAUAAUACUGCGUGGCAUUAUUAUAGUGAAAGUACAUUGAAAGGAUCAUCUCAUUGGGGAAAGCUGAACACCUAUAGUGGUGCUGGAUCUUACAAAGAUCUUGCAUCCACACACGAUGACUCUGCUGCAAUCAUUGAUGAUUUGUUCAACAAUCUGUGGAUUCGUCGUGGAACUCGUGUUGUGUUUAUAGACUUCUCCGUCUACAAUGCAAAUAUCAACCUUUUCUGUGUUAUUAGACUGCUGGGAGAAUUUCCUGCCACUGGAGGAGUGAUUCCAUCUUGGACUCUACGAACUGUGAAGCUGCUUCGCUAUGUGACAGUUGGCGACUACUUCAUUCUGGCCUGUGAAAUAAUCUUCUGUUUGUUUAUCUUGUACUACACAGUGGAAGAGGUUCUGGAGAUUAAGAAACACAAACUUUCCUACUUUUUGGGCUUCUGGAAUAUUCUGGAUAUUCUUGUUAUCCUCAUUUCCAUUGUGUGUGUGGGAUUCAAUGUGUACAGAACAGUGGAGGUUAACAAUAAGCUUACAGAACUAUUGAAAGACCCAAAAAUCUAUGCUGACUUUGAGAGGCUCAGCUAUUGGGAAACAAGGUUCAGCAAUGCUAUAGCUAUUGCUGUCUUCAUGGCUUGGAUCAAGAUAUUUAAAUACAUCAGCUUCAACAAAACCAUGACCCAGCUGUCAUCCACCUUGGGGCGCUGUGCUAAAGAUCUGGCAGGAUUCUUUGUCAUGUUCAUAAUUAUCUUUCUGGCCUUCACCCAACUUGGUUACCUACUCUUCGGAACUCAGGUGGAGGACUUCAGUUCCUUUGAGAACGCAUUUUUCACCCUGUUCCGAAUCAUCUUGGGUGACUUUGACUUCCACCAGCUGGAAGAAGCCAACCGUAUCCUGGGCCCCAUCUUCUUCAUGCUGUUUGUCUUCUUUGUAUUCUUUGUUCUGAUCAACAUGUUCCUGGCUAUUAUCAAUGAUACCUACUCUGAAGUGAAGUCUGACAUGGCCAAUGCCAAAAAUGAGUUUGAAAUUGCCGACUACUUUAAGCGGGGUUACGAAAAGAUGCUUGACAAACUAAACUUCAAGAGGGACAAAAUCAUUGACAUCCAGAAAGCAUUGCGAAGUGCUGACAUCAACCAGGACAAACAACUGGACUUUGAUGAAUGGCGUCAGGACCUGAAAUCGCGAGGCUAUGCUGAUGGUGAAAUUGAGGCAAUGUUUUCAAAGUAUGAUAUUGAUGGAGACAGAGUCUUGGAUGAAGAAGAACAAAAACGAAUGCAAGCAGACUUGGCAGAUCAAAAAGCUGCACUUAAUAAAGAAUAUGAAGAUCUUGGUGGAGGUAAAACAGAUCGUCCAGGAACAGGUCGUCGGUCCAGUAGUCGAGCUAGCUUCAAUGAAGGAGAUAGUGGAGAGGACAGUGAUGAUGAAGAUAGUGGAACCAAAUCAUCACGUACUGGUAGAACAUCGAAUGGUGUUUCAUAUGAAGAAUUUACAGUUUUAUCUAGAAGAGUUGAUAGAAUGGAACAUUCUAUCGGCAGCAUAGUUUCAAAAAUAGAUGCAGUUUUAGUCAAACUUGAAGCUAUGGAAAAAGCAAAAUUAAAACGCAGAGAAACUAUGGGCAAAAUUUUAGAUAGUAUUACAGAGUCUGAUGGCACAAGUGAUGAAAUAAAAAGAGAACAGAUGGAAAAAUUAGUCAGAGAAGAAUUGGAGAGGUGGGAUUCUGAGACAUCAGUAGGUGCCAAUAGCGCUAGGGGCGCAUCUCCUGGUGGUGGAAGUGGUCACAGUGGGCUGCGCUCUAGAUCAAGGGCAGAGUCCAAUCAAAAUGGGGACCCUGAAGAUCAUCACAUGACCUCAAGUUUUUAGUUUAAUUAUUGAUUGUAAACUUAAGAAAUUGUCAGACCAAAUUUGUUAACACCAUUCCGGUAACAUGGUGAUUCUUAACUAUUUGCUACAAAUUUACAGAUUAUGAAUAUUUAAAAGUUGAUGUCAAUUGUUGGUAAUAUUUAUAAUACAUAACUCUUGUACUAUUACUUUUUGUUUUGUAAAAAUGUUUAUUGUAAUUACAAAAGGGAAAUUAAUUCUAUUUUUUAGCAAAAAUUCAAGACUAUUUAAAAAGAAUGACAUUCAAAUACAUUUUUAAUUUUAAAAAACAAUUAAAUUUUCGGCAUUAAUACUCAUUGUUCUAAAUAGUUUGAAUACACUGAUACAUUUUGAUUGGUUUUGUUUGGUCAGUUGUUGUCAAGUAAAGUAGUUGUUGACAUAUGCACAAUGUAGAACAGAUAUUUUUCAUGAGAAUUUUUUAGCUUUUCACCCAUUUGAAACUAAAGUUUCUUUGUGAUGAAAUAAUUACAAUUUAUUUUUUAAAAUAUGAACUUAAAAUUUUCACAAAGCAGAUUUAAAAAUAUAUUUAAAAAGUUAAAGUUGUCUUAAAAUUUUAGAAUUGUUAAAUUAUUUUUCCAAUUAAUUUAGGUAAUAUGUUAUUAUUUUACGCUUGUUAAUAUUAAUUAAAAAAUUAAAUGUUAACAUUCUUAACAAAACUACUAAAUGAAAAGGAAUCUUUCAGUGUUUGUUAAUGUCAAUUUCAAAUUUAGGUUACAAAUUCAAAUACCUGUAAUUAGUGUUUGAAAAAAUGUUUAGAAAUCAUAUCUGUGAUAUUUACUAUAAUUUUCAGUUUAUCUUAUAACAAUCAUUUCAAGGUAUAUCUUGGAAAUCCACUUUUUUUUAUUUCCUUUACUAUGCUAGUCAAAAAACAAACCUCUAUAAAAGAGGUGCCUUUUCUGUGCAAAGAUACUUGUACUUAUUUUCCCCGUCCAGAUCGCUUGAUCACAAUACUGCUGUUAAUUAACUUGAAUUUACAAAUAUUUUUUUUUGUACAAAACAAUUUUAUACUGAUCUAACUUUUUUCUGGUGGCUUGCUGCUGAACAAGACUUCUGUAAUUUUUAAAUCCGUCCAUGUAACUUGUUAUGCUCUUAAAAAAAAAACAACCUGUUUUUUAUGUUGCUCAUUUACAGCCAGCUACUCAAAUCCAAAUAUAGGUAGCUCCUUUGAUUUUUCUCUAUUUGUCCACUGUUUCAAAUACAUUUUUCUAUUUCUUCAAUUAAAAAAAAUGCCUAUAAGGCUAAAUAUCCUUCAAAAAAUUGAUUAUACAAUAGUUGAUGCAUCUAAUGCUAGUAUUUUAUACAAUUUUGAUGUUUGUAAAAAUUUACCUUAUUUACCUCACUUUGAAUGAAAAUAUAGGUCAAAAUUUUGUUAUGCUAAUUAUGUUUUGAAAUUAUACAUCUUUACUUUUAAAUAUUAUAUUAACAAAUUUCUUACAACUGUUUUUAUCUUACAUGGCAGUUAAUUAAAAAUGCUUACGCAUUAUUACUAACAAAUGUAUUUGAGAAAUUAAUUUCUUAAAAUGUCAACACAAUUAUACUAAAGCAUUGAGGAACAAGAAUAUAUAACUAAUUUAUUAUAUUUUGAAAUUUUGUUACAUCUGUAUUCUGUUAGCUCAAUUAUUUGACUGAAACAUCUUUCUGUAGCAUAAUAUCAGUUGGAUUCAAUUGAAGUAGUAAAUAACCUGCAUUAAUUAGUCAUUGAUGUUGUUAGUGUUUGGUUUCAAUAAAAGUGUGUUGCAACAAUUUACA